AUGGAAGAAAAAUGGAUUUUUAAGUUGUGGCGAAGAGGCGUCAUUGUAAAACCGCUGGGAAGAAGAAUCAGAUACAAAGCUUUGCAGACAAGAUUGAAGCAGGUGUGGGUAAGGAAAGGGGUGUUUAACAUCAUUGACAUGGGGAACGAUUACUACUUAGUAAUUUUUUCUCAUGAUGAUAAUUACAAUGCGGCACUGAUGGAUGUACCAUGGUUCAUAUACGAUCAUUAUCCGACUAUCAAAGAAUUGAGCCCGAUCUUUCAACCGAUGAGCGAAACUAUAGAGAAAGUUGUUGUUUGGGUUCACAUGGUAGGGUUACCAAUAGAGUACUAUGACUCUCAUUUACUUAGCUUUAUCGGUAAUCAAAUUGGAAAUAUUGUCAAAUUGGAUAAGAAUACGUUGAUGCAAGAGAGAGGGAAAUAUGCGUGUUUGUGUGUCGAGGAAAAUGAUGGACUGCCAAUCCCAAAUAAUGAAGGAAAUAAUGAGAGUUUAAGGAAGGAGGGGACAAAAAAGUUUCAAUUCAUUUCUAGCAAAAGGAAGAAUAAUGUUACUAUUACUGUUAAAAAUAUGAACGAUGUUGUAGGAGAAUCUAGUGGAGAGGUUAAGGGAUUAGCUAAUAAACAUGCAGUAGAAGAGGGCCCACAUGGAAAUGACAUGGAGUGUGCGAUUAGUGGUGGGAAGGGAAUUAAAAAAGGAGUGAUUAGGAAAGAGAAAAAAGAUAAACGAAUGGCUACAUGUGUUUAA